AUGGCGCACCCCACUCCCAGCCACAACAACAAUCACCACGACUCCGUCUCCAGCUCCCCCUCCAGCUCAACCACCUCCUUCACAUCAUGUCUCGACGACACCGCCACCAUCACUCCCCAAAACCCCACCCAAACCCACAUCACCCACCCCAACAACCCCUACCACCACCCCCACAGCACACCCCAAAGCUACCCCCUCCCCCCAACCCCAACCCCCAAGCGCACGACCCCCACCUCCCCAACCUACGACUACACGCCCCUGUCCGCCUCACGCUCCCCUCUCCCCACGCACCCACCCCACGAGUGCCCGCACGCGCCAGCGCUGCAGACGCGCCUGCUCGCUGCUGCGCGCGGCUUGGGCCUGUCGCUGCCUGUGGGAGCUGAGGGUGGGGUGUGCGUGUGCGUGCUGCUUGAGAGGGUGAGGGGCGUGCGCGGUGUUGUGGGUGCCGUAGGCGCCGUUGGUGCCGCGGGCGUUGCUGGUGUUGCGGGCGUGGUUGUUGCUGGUAAGGUUGGUGCUGCUGGUGUGGUUGGGAAUGUUGGGGUGGCUGGAGGGACUGAAGAGGAAGGGACAGGGCUACACCACCGCGCCAAAGGCUACGGCGCUGCUAUUGUGCGGGAGGGGAAAGCGCUGGCCGCUUCGACGGGGCUGGUGGCUAAGCUGCCGUUGCCGUGGUGGAAGAAGCGGGAGAAGAGGGAUAUGAAGGAGGCGAUGACGACGAAGGAGGAAGAGGAGGAGUGGGAAGAGGGAGAGGAUAGCGAUACCGACGCCGACAUCGUGCCCCGCGUAUCCUCCUCUGCUGCCAGCAGCAGCACUUCCUUCCCAUCCAACCCCAACCCCCCACGCGAACGCAAACACGACCACGAGCGCCUCAACGACUGGGAACUCCUCCCCGACACGCCCUCGCCCGACGACGUCAUGAGCUUUUCGGACGAGGAGACGGAGACGGGACUGCAUCAGCAACAUCAGCAGCGGCAGCAAUUGCGGCGGUAG